GGGGCCUUCAAAUUUUGCUUAUCAGUACAAGAUCACAAUUUUUUGUAUUUGUCAGUUAUGGAAGUAUCAAAACAGUCUACAACGGUCAAGUAUCUCAAUCAAUCAGAAGCAAUAAACAUUGAUAAGGAAUUAUUUGAAAAGUACAAGUUCAGUGUUGAUCAAUUAAUGGAAUUGGCAGGCCAAAGCUGUGCUAUAGCAAUUGCAAAGUGCUAUCCACUUUCUGCUGAAUCAAAAAAUAAUGUUCUGGUGUGCUGUGGUCCAGGAAACAAUGGGGGUGAUGGUUUAGUUUGUGCCAGACAUUUAAAGUUAUUUGGAUACUUACCAGAGCUGUACUACCCUAAAAAAACAAAUAAUAAUCUUUACCAUAAUUUACUUCAUCAGUGUAAAGAGAAUGACAUUCCAGUUUUAGAAAAAACUACAGAUAUCAAAGAUACUAAAAAUUACAAGGUUAUUGUUGAUGCUCUUUUUGGAUUUAGUUUCAAGCCACCUGUGAGACCAGAUUUUGUCUCAAUCAUUAACGUGUUAAAAAGCUCAAGUGCACCCAUUUGUAGCAUUGAUAUUCCAUCAGGAUGGAAUGUUGAAAGUGGACCACCACAGGAAGAUGGUAUUGAACCAGAAAUGCUGGUAUCACUGACUGCACCAAAACUUUGUGCUAAAAGCUUUAAUGGAAAAUAUCACUAUCUAGGAGGUAGAUUUGUGCCCAAAAAUUUAGAAAUGGCUCAUAAAUUAAAUUUACCAAAAUAUCCAGAAACAGAUUUGGUAGUACCUUUGUAA